GCAUUACUAAUGUCAUGAAUUUUAAGGUAUUAAUAAUACACACCUCAAUACACAAUAGAAUAUAUAACUAAUAAUUGCAUUAGUAUAACUAAUACAUACAUAGGCUAAAAAGGUCUAGUACGCAUUAAACUAAUACGUAUAUUAAUAUUUAAUACACUCUGCGAAACACCCCUAAUGGGUCAGUAGUCAAACAGGUUGAAAGAGGCGAUCGCCCUUGUAGCGCUACCGUAGAGGUUCAAAAAUGGCUGGUCAAGAGGAAGUAAAACAACUAUCAGAGUGUUCAGUCUCCAACGCUCUGGGGACAUGGGUUUUCUCUGUAGCUGGUGCACUGCUUGCAAUUCCAGUGGGUAUAAAACGGAAAUCUUUGGCACCCCUCGUAUUCUUUGGCACAACUGGUACGAUGCUGGAUAUAAUUAUGGGUAUCAGUGCUUGUGAAAGAGAACAUGCAGAGCGGCAAAAGCUUUUGGAAGAAGCACAAAGAUCUGCAGCUGUUGAUACCUUGGCUGAUGCAGCUACUGAACAUUGAUGGCAUUCAGGUAGUUCUGGACUUUGGCUUCAACUAAUAGCUGAGGUUCAUGUAGAAUUUUAAGUUCUGUUGGUCUUCAGUUUCCGGUUACCUGGCUUGUAUCUUGGAUACUAUCAGUAGCAGAAAAGAAGGCAAAUAAUGUAAGGGGUGAUUGCACUUGUGUUGUGGCUUCAGAACUAUCCUUUUUCUGCUUAUAAAGCUCUGUUAGUAACCGUGUAGAAGUCCAAAUUUAUUCCAUCAUGGCCUGAUGUUUUUUAACAUUACUGUUAAAUUGUUUUCGUGCCUUGGGUUUGUUUUUGUAUUUUUGUACUUGUGAAGAAGUUCACAUAACCUCAUACUCUAUUUGAUUUCAUUAUGCGGCCAAA